GAAAGAAAAAUGCCGUGCGAUUUUCAGUUGUCACAGUUGUAACUUUCGUGUGAGCCAAGUGCACCCGUUCAGCAUCUCAGCGAAUGAAGACUGCUAACUCAAAGAUGGCCCAGGAGUAGGAGCACAGUGCUACCCAGUCCGGAAGGAGAAGUUUUAUACCACAAUUUGGCAUACAUAUUUGGCACUAUUUAGUCAUGUUGACUGUAUUUUUUAUAUAAUUUCUCUGACGCAGAAAUUGCACUCAUGUGUUUACAAUCUUUAAGACACUGCCUUCACUUGUGUCUGGGGAGCACGAACCAGAAUAUCCAUAGCAGCACUGAGAAGAGUGCCUCAAAGCCGGGAGCUACUUGGAUGCAACAGAAACAUCCAUAGAUAAGUUGUGACAUACCCGCUGGGUCUAGUGUGCAAAGGAACGAAACUGAAGAUGGAAGACGAUCUCACAGAUAAAAUAUUGAAUGAAAACAGCAAGUUGGAGGGGACUAUGCAGAAUGUAUUUCUACUCAUGUUAAAAACUCGUAAUGACCAUGGUAUGCGGCAAUACCUUGCUGCCGUAGUCUGCAAACACACCGACAGCGAGCCACUCUACAGACCAUAGAACAGAGAGGCUUGCUGAUGGGCGUGGUCGGUUGAUAAAUAACCAGAACAGCUCAAUUCAAAAGAUUUUAAUAAUUGAGGGAAAACUACUUACACGACCAAAGAUCCCGCGAAAGCCAGGAGCGCAGGAAACCAAAGAGGAAGCGGGGAGCGCACCCACAAGAUUUAUCUGUAUUUCUUGGCCUUGGGGGGGGGGACACACCCCCAAAACAGAAUGUGAUUGGAUGAGCUUCCCCAUCAUCUUGCCAACCAAAGCAAGCCAUUCCAAGCCCACGCUGAGCAAGUCGGUUAAAGCCCACCACAGGUGUAUACUGAGCAAGCUAGCGUGUUUCAGAUUUUCCGUUGGCUGAAUGGACACUUGAUCCCUCCGUGCUUGGUUCUGUCUCUUUCCCCUCCGCCACAUCCGCCUUCCUCACUGAGGGUGUGCUCACAGGAUCCGAGCUGAACAAGCGUCUCCGAAGACUUGGGUUCCUACGAUUAAAAGCCCCGCUUGCUCUACGGUCUUCUGUGGCAGGGCACUUGGCAGGCAGAGCUUUCCAGUCAGCCCCGUGAGCAGCCAUGAUGAUUUAUGCGCCCAUGCAGAGGAGCAGAGGAUGUGAGGAGCCCGUAGCAGGCCAGGCAACACCUUAUGGAUGACAUGCUUCCUGCACCCCAAGUAUCUCCAAUGCUUACGAAUGCUAGAUGAUUCAGGCCUCCUGCAUAUUUCAUGUGUCACAGCUGGCGGGCCCUGGCUUCUCUUGCUCCGUCCUAAUUACGUUCUAACUACGUGUGACAUGCCUGAGAGGCCUCAUUAACACUCGAAGUCACUUAUGAAUUUUGUUUAUGUAAGCUACUUUAAUUUCGCAGUUCCAUUAUCUUUAUUUAUAAUUCUCUUAUUUUUCUCCGGUAGAGCUGAAGUCUUCACACACGUUAUAAAUACCUGUGAACCAUGUUUGCAAUGUGAUAAAGGUUUAGAGAGAAUUUAAGAGCUGGGUAAGUGAUCGAGAUGGGAAGGGGUUUGUUCCAGUUGGAGACGUCUAAUUCUAUGGGUGAUGUAGUGUUGGUGAGUUUAUAGGUAUUUGUUAUAUUGUGUGUCAAUUUUCUUCUAAUUGUAAAUGCUGUCUGAAACGACAUCGCCCUUAGACCUUUGCAUGUAAUAUGCUCUUGAUUAUAAGUAGCCAGUUAAUUUUAGGCCGCCUAGUUUUAUGAUCUUUAUGAUAUCCACAUCGGUAAGGAAAUACUCAUAUAUGAAGAUUACGUUUAUCUUAGAAAGCCCCUUCCAACUGGGUCUGGUGUUGCCUAAAUGAGGGUUUGUUUCCUGGACAGAUGAACUCUGCUGUACUGUCAACACAGACAGUGUGGUCGAACAUUCGACGCGAUCCCACGGAUCCCGUAGGAGCCGUUCUGCAGCGGGGCCGAGAGAAGCUGUGUGCUGGGCUCGCUCUUUUCCAAUCUGUCAUCUGCUUGGAUCUGCGAACGAGAGUCUUGGAAGACUCUCUCUGGCUCCUCCCGAAAGGCGGCUCGCAUCCAACAUCUUCAGAAGAAUUCAGGCUCGUCAUCUGCUGGCAAGAUCUGCAGACCUGUCUCUACAGUCCGGGGCAUCCAGCCAAUACCAUCCAUACUCGGCCAGUUCACUUCCUUGGAAGCGACAAAACGCUGCUUUCUGGCCCUGGCUUUAAGAAGCGCAUAAAACAGAGGAGUCUGACCCCAGGGCCCUCUCCUCUCAGCCUGGGAAUCCAAAACGGGAAACAGCGAGAUGCGUGGAGCAAAGGAUCCAGGCCAGAGUCAUCCGGGGCCUCCGGACAGCACCUCGGUGCUAAGGUUGACAUCCAGGGCCUGGGCUGGUCAGGUACAGAGCGACCAGGGACUUGGAACAGCAGGAUGCGAGGGCGAGGCUGGCCGGCUUCCCACAGUCUGCGGAUCCCUCAUUAGGCUGGCGCAGAGACUGAAAAUGUACGUCUCCAUCUAUUUCUGGCUUCUAAAUGUGCGAAGAAAUAAGUCGCUUUAUUAUUUUAUUUUUGUAAAGUUGAAGACAGAGGCAGAUGCCCCUUGGAGCGCGCGCGCGCGUGCGCGCGUGUGUGUGUGUGUGUGUGUGUGUGUAUGUGCUCGCUCUAAAAAGUCCCGGCUCUGCUAGGAAGUCUUCGAGAGGAAGGCGGCAUCAAGGACAAAUAGGUUGUCCCCUCUAAAUCUGCGGGAAGAGCACUGGCAAGGGUAGGAACUGUCAGCACUUUCACGUGGAGAUGUGGGAAAUAAAAUCAGGGAAGUUGUCCAAAAAUGCAACUUAAGUCAAAAAAAAAUAAUUAAGAAAAAACAAUGACGUCUCGAAGUAACAUGGAGGUUAGGAUGUGUUAAAUGCAAAAUGACAAUAGACAUAAAUAUAGCCUUUUUAAAAUCAGUUAAGGAAUACAUGAAUACUUCGAGAAGUCUCCCAUUAGAGGUGUGUGGAAAUCUUAAAGCUUAAUGUCUGUGUGUGAAUGUCCAAUGAGAGUAAAUUAAAAAUUGAAGAAAUCUGGGCAAACAAAAAGAUGGUACCAAUGUACCAACUGUACUCCUGAGUGGGGUUGUUAUGAUAAAUUUAACUUCAGUUAUGGAACCAGACAAAGACAAUUUUACAAAGCAAAAUACCGUGACAUUCAUUUGCUGGAAAAAAAAAUAUUUCUGGGCACACAAUAUGUACCAGUUUCUGCGUUAGUCCCCAGAAGCACACUCCAGGUGAGGAGAAAUGGAUUCUGCGGCUGCAUAGUGUCCCUGCCCGAGCUCUGAGCUGAGCAGGGAAAAUCAAAUCACAUAUAAAAUAUAAAAGGUGGGCCUGCCAAACAGAUCUAUUAGUAUGAACUUUUAUUCUUUCUCCAUUGUGUGUAUGUGGUGUGUGUGGUGUGGUAUGUGCACGUGUAUAUGCACACAUGGGAAUGGGUACCCAUGCAUGUGUGUGUGUACAGGUGGGUAUGAGUGCCCAUGCAUGUGUGUGGACAGGUGGGUAUGAGUACCCAUGCAUGUGUGUGGACAGGUGGGUAUGAGUGCCCAUGCAUGUGUCUGAGCACUCGUGGUGUGGGUGCCCAUGCAUGUGUGAGUACAGGUGGGUAUGGGUGCCCAUGCAUGUGUGUGUACAGGUGGGUAUGGGUGCCCAUGCAUGUGUGUGUACAGGUGGGUAUGGGUGCCCAUGCAUGUGUGUGGACAGGUGGAGCCCCAAACUUGGUGUCAGAAAUCGUCCCUCAUCACCUGCCACCAUUCACUGAGGGGUGCUGUGAAAACCUGACCUCCCUGAUGGGGCAGGACAGCUCACUCUGGGGGCCCCCAUCUCUGCCUACUUAGCAUUUCUGUGGGUUCUGGGUGUCGCAUCUCCAGUCAUGCUAGGACAGCAAGUGUUUUCACCACCAAACUAUCUCUCCAGCCUUGACCACCUGUUCCCUGUGUACACGUUAGGGCCGUGUGUGUGUGCCUGUGCAUGUGGGGGGGGGUCAGAGGUCAACCUGAGUCACCCUCUAACUGCCUUUGGAGAUUGUCUCCCUCGCUGGCCUGGACCUCGUCAAGCAGGCUAGGCUGGCCGGCAGCCAUCAAGCCUCUGUAUUGCUGGGAUCAUCAACAUGAGCUACUCUCUUUCUCCAUGUAUUCUGAAUAUCUAAUCCAGGCUUCAUGCUUGUGUGGCAACUGAGUUCUCGCCAGUUCCUGAACAUUUCUUUCAGAUUAAAGAAGCCGGACCUGUACUAUUAUGUAAAUAAACCCGUUUUUCCUUUGGCCUCUGGUUUGACUCUCCAGAAAAGGUAAUUCUUUCUUACUGUAAGGUCCUUCUUUGUUCUCAAGUCGUCUGGCAGAAUGCAUGCAGAAGGAAUCCAUCUCACAAUGAAUUUUGGAAAUCUCAGAAAUCCAUCUCGGUGCCCCAGUGCUUUUCUGGAAAUGAAGCAAGAAACCAAGUACGAUUUUUUUUUUUUUCUCAAAAGCUGAGGUUCAAUUUUCAGUGUCUAAUCCAGUUUUCUCAGGAAGUGUUAGCCACGCGUUCCCUACCGCCAUCCGAAACAGUUGUGUUGUGGGGUGCGGCCAUCUGUGUGGGCUACGGCAGACACACUGGGAAAACCCGUGCUAACGGGAGCGCGGUCAAUAUCCGCCAGAGAGGUGAUCGCUGGAACCAGCCACUCCGGGAGCUGCUGCUGGAGCGUUAUCAGGGGGACCGUCCGUGCCCCGCACCUACCUAUGCUGCAGAUGCGCCUGUGGGAGCUGCAUCCCCUGCCUGUCUGACCUACGGCUGUGCUGAGCGGUGGCACAAUGCCUGCCACCCACAGGGCUGUUGUGACAAUUCCCGAAGUAAAUGCUCUAAAGCAUUGUGAACAAUUCAAAAGAAGGGCACCACGUAACUGCCAAAAUCAUUAGACACCCACAGAUACAGCUUUUUUUUUUAAACAUUCCUAACAUGGUACUAGAAAAGGGCAUUCCCAGAGUUCACUUCAAUUUCAGCGU